AUGAUUAAGCAGUUUUUAAUUAUUGAUUAUGUUAAUGUGAUUAAAAAGUUUGUCAACUGUAACGUACCGAUAAAUCAAGAUUAUAAAGCCUAUAAAACCCACAUCUUACUAAAAAGUUAUAUUAGUAAUCAUAGAAAACAGACUCAAAGUUUUAAUUUCAAAAUUAGGAAAAUGAGGAUUUUGGCAGCAAUUUUGUGUGUGCUUAUAGUAGCUGCACACGGUCAUAUCCCUCGUGCUUCUUGUCCAGAUGUAAAGGGAGUGCCAAAUUUUGAUCCUACAAAAUUUGUAGGUUUGUGGUAUGAACAACAAAGAUAUCCAACAAUCCUAGAAGUUUACGGUAAAUGUGCUUUUACAAAGUAUUCACUAAAUAGUGAUCAAUCAAUUGGAAUUAACACGACAUAUCUUAAUGCAGAAACAAAUGAAUGGACAAUACUCGAAGGAGUGGGAGUACCAGACUCGGCAACGGGUGAAGCCAAGUUUACAGUAACAUAUAAAAAUCCUGCACUGACAGCACCUUUUUGGAUUCUUGGUAUAGACUACGACCAAUUCUUCGUACCUUACGCAUGCAUUAUACAGGAUGGUGAAGUUGUAGAGAAUCUUUAUAUACUUACUAAAAGUAAAGAUCCAUCAAAAGAAGUGAUAGAUGCUGCCCUCAAAGUUAUCAACGACAGUAAUCUCGAUGCCACUCAAUUAUUACACACCGAUAAAACAUGUAGUUACUAAAUAAGAAUAAAUUUAAAAAUUGAUUUAUAUUUGUUAUUUUUAUCUAUGUUAGGCUUAUAGUAUAAUUGUAAAUGUAGAAUACAUGUAAUAUAAUUUUCAAUUAGUUGCUAAAA